AGGAGCCGCCGCCCGCGCCCCUGCCCCCGCCCGCGGAGCUGAGGCGGGAGUCCGGCGGGCAGCGUGGGGCCGCGAGGCGCGCGUCGAGCUCGGGGCCGGCGCUCCGGCCGCGAGCGCCGGGGCCGGGAGAUGUGCCCGGAGGAGGGCGGCGCGGCCGGGCUGGGCGAGCUCCGCUCCUGGUGGGAAGUCCCGGCCAUCGCGCACUUCUGCUCGCUCUUUCGCACCGCGUUCCGCCUGCCCGACUUCGAGAUCGAGGAGCUGGAGGCGGCGCUGCACCACGACGACGCGGAGUUCAUCAGCGACCUCGUCGCCUGCCUGCUGCAGGGCUGCUACCAGCGCAGGGACAUCACGCCCCAGACCUUCCACAGCUACCUCGAGGACAUCAUCAACUACCGCUGGGAGCUGGAGGAGGGGAAGCCCAACCCGCUGAGGGAGGCCCGCUUCCAGGACCUGCCGCUGCGCACGCGGGUGCAGAUCCUGCACCGGCUCUGCGACUACCGGCUGGACGCGGACGACGUCUUCGACCUGCUCAAGGGCCUGGACGCGGACAGCCUGCGCGUGGAGCCGCUGGGGGAGGACAACUCCGGGGCGCUGUACUGGUACUUCUAUGGCACGCGGAUGUACAAGGAGGACCCGGUGCCGGGGAAGCCCGGCGGGGAGCUCGCCUGCAGCAGGGAGAGCGAAGGACAGAAAGGUGUCUCUGGCGUUCCUGGGAAAACGGGGAAGAGGAGAGGAAGGCCCCCCAAGCGGAAGAAACUGCAGGAGGAGGCUGCAGCGAGCGAAAAGCGGGAAGAAAACUCGGCGCCCGAGCUGCAGACGAGAAAUGGCUCCCAAGGGCCCGGCCAAGGCACCUGGUGGCUCCUGUGCCAGACGGAGGAAGAGUGGAGACAGGUCACGGAGAGCUUCCGGGAGAGGACCUCCCUCCGGGAGCGGCAGCUCUACAAGCUCCUCAGCGAGGACUUCCUGCCGGAGAUCUGCAGCAUGAUCGCGCAGAAGGAGACGCCUCUGCCGGCCCGGACGGAGAAGCAGAAGCGCCGGGAGGAGGAGGAGGAGCGCCAGGUGCUGCUCGCGGUGCAGAGGAAGGAGCAGGAGCAGAUGCUGCGGGAGGAGAAGAAGCGGGAGCUGGAGGAGAAGGUCAAGGCCGUGGAAGACCGAGCGAAGCGGCGGAGGCUCAGGGAGGAGCGGGCGUGGCUGCUGGCCCAGGGGAAGGAGCUGCCCCGGGAGCUGUCCCACCUGGACCCCGGCUCCCCCGCGAGGGACGAGAGGAGGACGAAGGACCUCUUUGAGCUGGACGACGACGUCACCGCCAUGUACAAAGUCCUAGACGUGGUCAAGGCGCACAAGGACUCCUGGCCCUUCCUGGAGCCUGUGGACGAGUCGUACGCCCCCAACUACUACCAGAUCAUCAAGGUCCCCAUGGACAUCUCGAGCAUGGAGAAGAAGCUGAACGGAGGCUUGUACUGCACCAAGGAGGAGUUUGCGAGUGACAUGAAGACCAUGUUCAGGAACUGCCGGAAGUACAACGGCGAGAGCAGUGAGUACACCAAGAUGUCGGACAACCUGGAGCGGUGCUUCCACCGGGCGAUGGCGAAGCACUUCCCCGGCGAGGACGGGGACACGGACGAGGAGUUCUGGGUCAGGGAGGACGAGAAGCGGGAGAAGCGGCGCGGCCGGGCGGGGCGGGGCGGCGGCGGCCAGGUGUGCACCCGCUCCCGCGACCCCGAGGGCCCCGGCCGGAAGCAGGCGCCUGCGGAGAACGGAGGGAAAGCGCUGCCGCCCUCCCGCCGGGCCCCGCCCCCGUCCGGAGACGGCCCCGGCAGCAGCCCCGCGCAGCCCCCUCGGGACACGGGGGCCGCCAGCGGCCGGGGCCUCGCUCGCCCCCCGCACUGCGGCGGGCCGCCCAGCCAGGCGCCUCUUCUGGGCCAGACGCGGCCUGCGGUGCCCGGGACGUUCGGCCCUCUCCGAGGAUCUGACCCCGCCGGCCUGUUCGUCCCCUCCCGGGUCCCCGAGCCGCACCCCGGGGAGCCCGUGCAGCAGCGACAGCCGUUUGCUGUGCAGCCUCCGGUCGGGACAGACAAACGCCGAGGGCCCGGGCUGGGCUCGCCUGACGAGAAGCCUGUGUGUGGGGGACUGGCCCACCUCUCCCACGGGGGUUCGCACCCGGGGCCCCUGCGCCUCGGGCACGGGAGUGGCCCCGGUGGGGACGGAAGCAUGUACCCCCCGGCUCAGUUCCAGCCCGGGCUGAUGGCGCCCCGGCACGGAGGGGUCCCGGCCCGGCCCCUGGACUUCCCUGAGAGCCCGGAACUUCCUCCCAGCCACGUGUACCGCCCGUACAAAUACCUGAGCCGAGCUCACCCUGCCGUCUGGAACGGGAACCAUGGCGCCGUGAACCCCGGGCCUGCGGGGCCCGGCGACAAGGCCCUUCUGGAGGCCGGCCUCCCGCACCAGCCGCGCAGCCUGGGCCAUGCGGGGGGGGACUCCCGGGGCAUGCGGCCGCCGCCGCCGCCGCCCCCCAGCCAGUGGGCCGAGCGCCCCAGUUUCCUACCUCACGGCAUUCCCCCUCCGGGGUACAUGCGGCCCCCUUGCAGGCCCGCUGGGCACCGGCUGCAGCCCCCGCCGCUGGCGCCGGGCCCCCUGUUUGGAGCCCCCUCCCAGGCUCUGCGCGGGGUGCAGGGCGGGGACUCCAUGAUGCAGAGCCCCGAGAUGCUGGCCAUGCAGCAGCUGUCCUCCCGCGUCUGCCCACCCGGCAUGCCUUAUGCCCGACCGCCCGCUCCCCCCCACGUGCCCGGCCCCUUCCCGCAGGGGGCUCACACCGUGCCGGUGGGCCUGCCAGUCCCCAAGCCUGCCUUGGGGGACCCCGGGAGGACACAGGACAACAGCGAGACGCAGGAGCCCGAGCACGACCCAGCAGAGCCCUUGCCCGGGCUCGAGAAGCCGCCUGGUGCGGGCGCCUCCGACGGCAGGUUCCUCCAGCAGCUACCUCACCCUGCGCCCCCCCGGCAGAGCUCGCCCCGGGACAGGGGGGCCGAGGGCCCCGAGCUGCCGGGCGGCCCCGCAGCCUCUGAAGACAGCUGCCGGGCGGCGAAAGGCAAGAGUGCCUGGGCCUCGGAGAGCGGCUACCCCGGCCCCACAGCCCAGGGGUGCACGCGGGACCUGCCGGCGCUGGUGGGCCGAGGGGCUCUGCCCGAGAACGGGGUGCUGGCCGAAGGGCCCCCGUGUGGCUCGGAGGGGAAGGGCCUCGGUGGCUGUGGCCUGGAACAGCCCCUCUGCCCCAGGGGCAAAGCGCUGCAGGACCCUGUGCCGUGUGCCGGGCCGAGCCCUGCGACGCCUCCCGGCGCAGACCCCGGUGCGGCGGCGGGCGCCCUGGGCCAGUUCCCUGCCCUGUACCUGCCUGGCCUGGAGUACGCCGGCUCGGCUGCCCCCUUCCACGGUGGCGCCGGCCUGCAGGGCCUGGGCCCUGCCCUGGGCGCCAAGCCCUCGGGGCCCCAGCCGUCGCAUUUCCCGCCUCGGGCCUUCCACCCCAGCAGCCCCCCCUCGGGGGUCUUCCCCCGGUAUCGGCCCCACCAGGGAAUGAGGUAUUCCUACCAGCCGCCGCCUCAGCCCUCCUACCAUCACUACCAGCGGACUCCGUACUACCCCUGCUCCCAGGGCUUCCCCGACUGGCAGAGACAGCUGCCCGCCCCGGAGAGCCCGGGCGGGCCCCCCGCCAGCCAGCCACCCCCCCCGAGGCCCCUGUUCUCGGACAAGAGCACCAUGGUCAGCCUGCAAGGCUGUGAGACGUUGAAUGCUGCCUUAAUGUCCCCCGCCCGCAUGGACGCACUGGCCGCCAAGGCCGUCACCGCAGAUGGGCAGGACCCCGGCCCGGAGGAGGAGAAGCUGGACGAGGCUCUGGAGCGGCCGGAGAGUCCCAAAGAGUUUCUGGACCUGGACAACCACAACGCCGCCGCCAAGCAGCAGGGCACCCUGCCGGCCAGCGAGUACCUCUACGGGGCCCCGCCUCCGGCCCUGGGCGCCGGGAUGGGGUUCGCGCCCCCCGCGUUCCCACCGCACGGGGGCAUGCUGCAGGCCAGGCCUCCCUACGCCCCGCGGCCGGCUGGCCACUUCCAGCCCCGGGCCUACGCCUCCGCCGCGGCCUCCCAGCCCAACGGCCUCCCGCCGGAGGGCCCCGUCUACCGCUGCCCGGAGGACGGCCUGGGCCACUUCCAGGCUGUGAUGAUGGAGCAGGCGGGGCCUGCGGGCGCAGCGAGGGGGCCCUUCCAGGACGCGUACAGGCCCCCGGGCGUGCAGGUGCACCCCAUCCAGCCGCCACCCUCCUUCCCAAAGACCCCCGGCCCAGGAGCGCUGCAGGAAGAGCUGCCGCCCCACAAGGCCCCGACGCUCCCCCUCGAUCAGAGCUAGUCCGGGGAGGAAACAGCCCCAGGAGACAGAAGGCUGCGCAGGACGACGGACCGCGGGGGGUCGGGCCGGGGGAGCCGCGCCCUCCUCUGCUCCCCGCCCUGCCGCGCCCCCCCAGCGCCGCCCCGGUGUCAGCCUCAGCCCUCGCAGCCAGCGGGCGCCGUGGACGACCGGGGACCAGUGUCUGCGGGGGUCUCCUGUGUGGCUGACGGUCGGUCGGGAUCGCGGGAACUGGAACUGGAGCUGGCGGGGGCUUUCCCAGGCCCUGGGACUGUCUCAGGGCAAGCCCUCCAAACUGGGGGUCCCCGCGGGGUCGGAGGUGCUUGUGGGCACUCGAGAGCAGCUGAACUCAGGUACACGUUGGGAGAGGAACUCCUCGUAGUGUUGAGGUUUGGAGCUGGGUCCAGUUUACAGAGUUUUCAUGUUGCCUUUUAAACUAAUUUUUGUUGUUGGUGGUGAAUGUAUUGUACAUAGUGGGGGGUGGGAUCUGAAGCAGUGGGCAUCCUGACUCGGGGCACCAGUCCUGGAGGGUCUUACCUGUUUACAAUCACGUCACACGGAAGCCGGGGAGCUGGACAAGUGGGCAGAGGGCUCCUUGGCCGUGUCGCUGUUUUCCCCGGCGGCCAGCCGCCGUGGGCAGGUGGGGGCCUUCUCUCCGACCCGCCCAGGACGGGGGUCCCACACUCCCGGCCGCCCCGUCUCGGCUGAGAGGCAGUGCGCCCUCACGGCCCCUGGGUGGAGGUGUGCGCCCGGGAGACAGGCAGUGCCCGCCGCCGUGCGGGGAGCCGGGCGCCGGGUCUGGACGCGGGUGGGGGCGUUUCCUCGCCAGGGGAGCAGUCUCCCCGCAGACCCAGCCCCGAGGGGCUGGUCGGGGGCGGCACGGGGCUUCCAGCACGAAUCACGUCUGUGGGGCGACUACUCAGGUCUGUACAUGUUAGAAUCCGUGAGGAAAUUGCACAGUUCUGACUAGGAAAAGUGUGGUCUGUAGGUUUACAAUUUGAGUUUAGGAGUAUUUCGUUGUAUUUAGCCUUUAUUCAUUUUGAGUGAGUCGUCGUGGAACCAGUCGCGGCGGUUGAAGUCGCUGCCGGAGCACAGCCCCGGGAGCCCGUGGGUGUGCGUGGCAGCUGACACCUCAACAGUAUUACGUCACUGCAUCCCAGUUUCAGAGGCAGGUCACCCCGCGCGCUGCCCGUUUAGCUCCUGGGUCUGGUUCCAGCUGAGGUGCCACCAGCGCUGGGGCUGCGGCGACUGUCCCACGGAGGAAGGGGAGUGCCCCGAAGGCAGGUGUCCAGGGGGGAAGAGCGGGCGCGUGGCUAAGCCGCCUCUGGGAAGGCGGUCCAGGGGCCCGGUCCCCUCCGAGCUCCUCUGUGUUGGGGCGGGGACCUUUCAUCCGCGGCCAGGUGGGGACACGCUUGCUGAACAUACGCUCACUGUCCCUCGGGAAGGAGACCAGCGGCCAACGUUCAGGGUACACAGGUGGCCCAGAGACCCCGCCGCGGCAUCAGGGACGUGCGUGCGUGCGUGGGGGUCCUGCUGUCGGCCUGCAGGUGGUUGUGGCCCCGGCUGCUGGGAUGGGAGCAGGCGCGCAGGGGCAGGGCCCCGUCCGCCCAGCCUGGCCGUAGGGAGGGAGGGGUCAGCGUUCUCAGUGUGGGGAGGGGGCGGUGGGCGGGCGUCUGGCCAGCCCUCAGGCUGGGUGCUGUGGCCAGGGUGGCCCCCUGCUGCUGCUGCUGCUGCUGCUGCUGCUGUGUGCACAGAGACCGUGGGCAGUGGAGACCAGCCGGUCGCUGUAGCGCGCUCCGCCCCAGCCGGGCUGGGGACAGCCUGUGCUUUCUCGCGUCGGAGCUGGUGUGACGGAGGCUCCUGCUCCCCCAAACCAGCAGCACCCUGACCGGAGCAGGACCUCUUCCCCUGGGUGGACGCACUGGGUCCCCUGGGGUGGACCCUGGGGUGGGGCAGCUGCGGACACACACACUACUGGGGGCGACGUUUGUCCCCGCUCCCCCAGCCCCUGACCCUGUCCCCUGUUAGAAGCUGUGAACUAUACGGGAAAAACCAGUGAUUUCUUUAGUCCUAAUCUCCCUCCCCGGUGGGCGGAGAGGUGGGGCGCAGCCGAGGAGGGAACCAGGAGACUGAACUACUGUAUUAUACUCUCACACUGUGAACGGGCGGGGGGGCGGGUCCCGCAGGCACGCCGUCAGCCCCGCUGCACCUGUGGGGGCGCCCGGUCCUGUGUUACGGGCACAGGGCUCCGUCUCCGCCGGGCGCAUCCAGGCCUCUCGCCACCUGGGUCGGCAGGCCCGCCAGACGCCACGGGGGCCGCAGGGCGGCAGGCGCUCCUGGCUGACCGUCCUCGGGCCCUCGCCCUGAGCAGGGCUCUUCAGCAGGCCGUGGGUCUCUUCUCCUCUGGGGUGGCUGCGCGACGGGCGUCGCUGGGUGGGAGGACACCCCGGAAGGGCUGUGCUCGGGCCGGGAGGACGGACCCAGGCCCCUGUGGCCCCUAGAGGGACCGAGGGGCUCUGAUAAAAGGAGGACCUUGUGUAAGGCUUGCUGGAUCCCUCUUUGUCCCCCGGAGUCUGCCCGUGGGAAAAGGGAGCUGCUGCCUGAAGGUAGUUCACCGUGGUCGGCGCCCCGGGGCGUGAGGACGGGCGGAACGUGCAGGAUCUCGGUCGUGCGGCUCGCCCGUCCCGCUUCCGGGAGACAGAGCGGGGAGCCCCUCCCCCUCCCCGGUCCGGGCGGGCUGGUCGGACGGUGCGCGUGAGCGGGUGGCUGAGCCCCACUCCGACCGCCUCGGGCUGCGGGGGCUGCGGCCCCGACCCACCGACCGGCUGACCGCGUGGGGUGUGCGGCCAGCCUGCCGUGCCGUGCGCGGGAGGCCCGGGGGCUGAGGCCGGCGUUCCGUCCACACCGCCCGGGUGAACUGUUUUCCUGCUCUGUCCUUCAUGGGCGUUCAGGUCUACAAAUACGGUUCUGCUCCUGAGGUCUGGCCUGGACGUCCCCAGCAAGUCCUCUCCGCAGCCCCAGGGCGGGCCAGCCACUCGGCGCGGAGGCCUGCCCCGUGCUCGGAGGGACCCUGGUGGGGGGGCGGCUCCGGGUUCCCAGCACAGUCGCCCCGCCCCCUCGUCUCCAUCCGUCCGUCCGCCCGCCCACCGGGCCCCGCGUGGGUGCCGUGUGGGGUGGGGGAAGGACCUGGGGACGCAGGGUCGCCCUCCAGGGCUCCGCACUGUGCAGGGGCCAGGGGCCCAGGCCCUCUUCUUCCUGGGGCUGGACUCGCCGUGCAGCCCUAGGACGUGCAGCCCCGUCCUGCUGCCCUUGCGGUGGGGCAGGACCUGGGCGGCCACCCCUGCCCCCGGCUGCCCGAGGGGGCUGGUGUGAGCGUGGUCUCCAGGCGGGUGUCAGGCCUUGGCCUCUCGUGGCCUUCGCUGGACAGACCUUCGGGGAAGCUGCCUCCUGGCCAGUCUCCCCCACCCACCCCAGGGGACCCCGCGACCUUCCUGUGGAAAUGCCUGGUGCAGCUGGCUGUCCUGUGGGGUGGGGUCCGGACCGGGGGUGUAGAUGUUGAGCCACUGAGAGGCUGAGCCCCCAUCAGUCAGUCUGUGGGACCCCUCUCUCCCCAGCCUGGCUCAGCCCUCGCCCACCCGCCUUGCACACGGGCUCAGGGACACCCCCACGCCUGCCGCGGAGGCUGCGGGCGCCGCCCCGGCCGGCCCUGGGCAGGGGGCGCUAUUUAUUUCCGUGUUGUGUGUGUGUUGUCGUGGUCUGCUGACUGACGCCCUGCCUCACCGGGAGCGACUUACCUCAACGGCUAGCUCAGUGUCGUGUGCUGGAUGACUUUCUGGAAGAACUUUUUAAAAAGCUUUUUGAUCCUUGGAGGUCUGUAGAUUUAUUUCCAUAUGAACUGGUUAUUUUGUAUAAAUUACAUUCUUAAAAUA